UUUUUUUUUUUUUAACCAUACAUGCCCGAUUUAGUAUAUUCUUCCAACUUUUGCAAGGAUAGUUUCAAAUUGAUCGAACUUGGUGAUGAACAGCUUAUCCAGGCGUUUGAGUCGGGAACAAAGGUGACGAUCAAAGGUUUACCUGAUGACGAAGCAGUCCUAUGCACAGAGACAGCAACUUAUAGUGUUCGACAAGUCAACACAUCGAAUUCCAUGAUACUUUGCACUCCAAAUGAUAAUGAAACAGUACAAUGGCAAGUAUGCGAUGAUCUGUCCAAUACCAUUGAAUUAUUACCUUGUCAAGCACGUACAGGACGCCUGACAGAGUUAUUAUCAACAUCACUUUAUACAGGACCAGACAAUGAAGAUGGACAGUCAGGACAUACAUUUGAAUAUCUGUUAUCGACGGUACAAGCCAGCCCUGCCGAACUCAAGCGAGCUCUGGAGGAACGACAUGCGUUUAUGACGGAAGAUGGAUGUUAUCGGUGUAUUGACAACGCGUUUCUACAUCAAAUGUUGGAUGGGUUAGCGACGAGUGCCACGAUCUUGGGAUACAAUGUGUGUGAUAUGACUUUGGAGGAAGCCAAUCAAUGCCUGGAUCAAGAUUUCUCAGCCGUGCCUUUACCGGUGAGGAUGGCAUUUUUACAUUGUUUUGUCAAGGAUGUACAUGCUUCUCAACUUUGUUUGGAUGAAUAUAGGGUGUGUCGUUUUUUAGGCUCGAUUGUACUAGAAAUGGAAAAGGGUCGAGAAUGGAAAAUGGAGGAUUUUAUGGAAACUUGGGGAAAUUUGACACGAUUGGUUUUGGAACAUCAUCAGCCGACAUUGACAACAUUGGCAGGAUUAUAUUAUACCACAGAACGACAAGUGCUUCAACAACCACAGAUAUAUAUCACAUUUUUCCCCUCAUCUGAUCUACCCACAGAUCCGGCUGAACGCUUCACUCGUCUUUUCAGAGAAAAACAACAAUGGUCACCGGAAGAUAUUUACCCUUAUGUGGAUGACUUGGCACGGGAUGACAAACAUCGUGACGCUCUACUACUGAAAUUCACUCGUAUACAAAAACUUGGAAACAAAACGGUCUAUGGUAGCCGCAUCAAAUAGAAUUUAUUUAGUAUUAUAUAAUUUUUGUACAUUACAUUUUCA